AUGGGCUCUUACACGGCCUGUGACAGGAGCCCAGCUGGGCAGGCGAAGAGGAGCCAAGGUAACAGAUGGGCGCCCGCGGCAAAGCUCCGCCGACCGUGGGCAAAACGGCGACGUGCUAUAGGCUGGGUGGUGGGCGCGCGCGGCGUCUGUAACGACUUGAACUUGUCUGGCUGGGCAAGGGAUGAACAACGUGUUGGUUGGCUCGUUAUGGCUUGGCGAGAAGUGUGUGCUAUGUCAUGGGAAAGGGCUGAAUUCAGCCCGCUGAUACGAGGGCGCUUUGCAGGCUUGUCCCCUGCGCGUUGCUCGGUUGGUGCAGGCUUUGGCGGAUCAGGGUAUAGUUGGGAUCUUUUUAAUAGCCGAAAGCCCCUGCUUUGCCGCAUGUGA